AUGUUGGACCUUAUCGUCAUCGGUGCCGGCUUCAGCGGCCUGCAGGCCGCCUACUCAGCCCAACAAGCCGGUUUGUCAGUCGUCGUCGUCGAAGCUCGUGAUCGGGUCGGCGGCAAGUCAUGGAGCGUGCCAUUGGCCUCAAACCGAGGAACCGCUGAUCUCGGCGCUGCUUGGGUCAAUCCUUCCAAGCAGCCUCGCAUCUGGGGCUAUGCAAAGCAGUUUGGCAUGGACAAGAACAACACGGUCCAACGGCUCACUGGAAAGGCUGUCAUGAACGUCAAGCCUGGCGAGAGAAUUGUGUACCCAUUUGGUAUCACCCCAGAGUUCGCGCCCGAGGUCAAGAAGAAUCUCGAGUACAUCCGUGACCAUGUUCAGGCAGAAUCCCUUAAGCCCGGCCCUCCCAAAGUCGAGGACGACAACGUGUCUAUGGACCAAUAUGUCCGCGCACUUGGCGCUCUGCCUGAGACCUGUAAAAUGGUCAAUGUAUGGACGAAGGCCAUGCACGGUGUCGAGUCUCAUGAAGAGUCUGCAGCGUAUUUCAUCGACUACUGCCGCAAAAACACUGGCCUCUUAUCUGUCCGAGGAGAUGAUGAUCAGGGUGGCAAUUAUAUGCGACUGCAUGCAGGUACUCAGAGCAUUGCCAAAGGCAUUGCGCGACUGAUUGGCGCUCACAACAUCCUACUCAGCAAUCCCGUCGCUUCAAUAGAGAACCUCGACAGCCACGUAAAUGUGUACACCACUACCGGGAAGACCCUUCGUGCACGUAAAUGCAUAAUCUCUCUCCCCAGCACCAUGUGGAAGGAGCUCACUUUCAACCCACCCCUACCUCAGGAGCUCAAGACAAUCUCCGACAACACCAGGCUGGGCAAUUACAACAAAGUCAUAGUCGCUUGGGACAAACCCUGGUGGAGGGAUCUUGGCUUCAACGGAUUCUUUAUGAGUUUCGAGGGAGGCCCCGUGGCGCUUGGCCGCGACACCAGCGUUGAGGAGAAAAACCUAUACGCCUUCACCCUGUUCGUCCAGGGUGACGCAGGAUAUGACUGGUCGCAAAAGCCCGCCCACGAGAGACGAGCUAUUAUUCUUGACCAGCUUGCUUCCAUCUUUGAUGUAGGGUAUGAUUCCGAGCUCUACAAGCCCAUUGAGAUCUUCGAGAUGGUCUGGAAAGGGGAGAUUUUCAGCCGAGGGGCUUUGGUUCCCAUCACCAAAAUCGGUGACUUCACAAAGUACGCUUCAGUGUACGGUAAGCCCACCGGCAACUUGCACUUUGUUGGCACAGAGUUUGCUCCUGUCUGGAAGGGUUACCUAGAAGGAGCUUUGGCGUCAGGUGAAGUUGGCGCCAAGGAAGUUACGGAGGCUAUCAGCAGCAGUCCUAUCGCCAAACUGUAA